AUGGCAUCAAAGCGCCAAGGCAACGCACUCCUUGAUCUCAAGGGCUCCCCUCCUAAGCGGGCUCGUAAAGACGUUGUCAACAACAAGUCUCCACUUCUCAACCUACCUGGAGAGAUUAGAAAUCGUAUCUACGAAUUCGCCCUAGCGGACACAAUGCAACAACUUGAUGGUGGCCGAAUCUAUCUAAGAUACAACAAGUUGAAUAAGGCCGCUCGCCUUCAGUGGCGGCUACAUCUCUUCAUGGACGAACUCAAGAGCUGGCAGUCCCAGUUCGAUACAUACUGGAAAGCAGCGCAUGGGCAGCGCAAAUACUGGGGUCUUGCCCAGGCUUGUCAGAUAUUGCGUCAGGAGUUCCGCCUUCUACAACAGAGAACUCUACCCCUCACCAUCUCAGCGCAGCAUCUUGGCCAAUACCUUUACGCUUUCGGCACAACAGAAAACGCGUUGGCUCUUGGAAAAUCGCUCACAGACAUCGUAAACCAACCCAUCCUUCCAGACGUGAGGUUGGACAUUCUGCCGGUUCUAAGAAAGCUUUCCAAGCAACGGAAGUCGCUUCCUUGGCUUACCGAGCAUUUGCGUAGGGGCGAAAGCCGUUGGAAGACUAGCGACCUGCUUGCUGCUUUGUUUUACCAUUGGGCCCAACCGCCAAAGGGUCUCGAGGUUGUUGAGCGUGACAUCGCCUCUGUCACUCUGACCAUGGGCAAGGUUCACGGCACUCACGGCGCUCAUGAGCAGCCAUCGAUGAUCAUUGGAUUACGCUGCGCCUGUUUCACAGAUCUCACAUCUGAUGAGAAAGGCGCAACCAUGUUGGACUUUAUCAAGGCAACCGGGCUGGAGAAAUUGCGUUACUUCAUCACGGAGUUCCGUUGUUGUGAAAGGCGUUACACGUGGCAAAUGCCUGGGCGUCAGUCUGGGGCAACUGAAUCCCCGAUGCAGAUCUCUGAAGUUCAAGACGAGGAUUAG